CUAAACUGGAAAUCAUCGUUUGACGUCUAGUUGCUAAAAUGGCGUUGGAAUCUGUGUGGUGAUGAUAUUGCGGGGUGGAAGAUAAUGUUAGCUUCAUAAUGUUGUAGUGAAAGAAUCUAUCGGAAUUUUUCCUAAGUGGACGAUGUGCUUUCAUUUUUGAGUGUAUCAAACCUGAAAGAAAUUUGCGGGUGUACUAAAAAUGAGUUUUCAACAAACGAUGGAAAUUCCUGUUUAAAUAAGCUGCUACUUGGAUGAUCAAUUUUUCCUCUCAAGUUAUCUCAGAGAUGAGACUCAGCUCAAAUUUUUGUAUCACGGACCUACAAGGAGCAUCUUAUGAUCUGCCCUCUAUCGGUGAGGAAUUUAUGCUAAGUAAUCAAGCAUACACAUGAAAUGGAUAACUCCGGCUUUUGUUCUGCUGACCAGUUGCAGCCUUCUGGCACUCUCACACAAGACGCUCGCAAAAGUGAACUUAGUAUAGCAUCAGCUAGAGCAUCUGUAAUGGUCUACGAUGAUGCUAACAAAAAAUGGAUUCCAAGCGGAACUUCGUCUGGUCUCUCAAAGGUGCACAUAUUCCAACACCAGACAAACAACACCUUCAGGGUUGUUGGCAGAAAACUCCAGGAUCACGAGGUGGUCAUCAAUUGUGUAAUUAUAAAAGGGCUCAAGUACAAUCAAGCAACACAAACUUUUCACCAAUGGAGAGAUAACAAACAAGUCUAUGGUCUCAACUUUAGUAGUAAGGAAGAUGCGGAUGGAUUUGCGCGCGCAAUGCUCCAUGCAUUGGAAGUGCUAGGUAUGACGAACAGGCCGGCUCAAACUAGCGCACCAGCACCCACAGUUACCCAGCAACAAGUUUACCAACAAGCAAAUGGCCAAUACGAAGAUGACAUGGGCUACAGCACUGGAAUGGCCUCUCAGCGUGCUGUCUCUACUACGGGAAUCUACCACCAGGUUUCGCCCGGUGGACCCCAGAGGAUAGAAGUCAACACAUCACCACAUAGCAGAACAAUGACAAGAGAAGAUGUUGCCAUGAUACAAGAGCGAAGAAUGUCUCAACAAAAUCAAAUGAUCAGCAGUCCGAGCGCAUCCUCGCCAGGGAGUGGAUCAGUGCCAGUGCCCCCCACUCCCCCUGGCCACCACCGCACCUCGUCGGCGCCCCCCGCUCCUCAGCCGCCCCCCAUGAGCCUGGCGCCGCCUCCCCCCGCCAUGCCCCCGGCUGCACCGCCCUGUCCUCCCUCCCCUCCCACCUGGGCCCCUCCUGCCACUGGGGGCGGUGCUCCCCCUCCGCCGCCCCCUCCAAUGCCCAACAUGUCUCGCUCGUCCAGUUCGGAUGGCCCCGAUGCGAUGGGCUCCCUCGCUGCACAACUGCAGAAUGCCCGCCUCAAGAAAUCAAAGCAAUCGGCUGAGAACAGUGGCUCGAGCACAAGCAGUAGCGGCAGCAACUACGGCACAUUGGGGCGUGGCCAGACCGGCAUGGCCAGCAUGAUGGACGAGAUGGCCAAGACUCUGGCCAGGCGGCGGGCCGCUGCCGAGAAGAAGGACUCGCCCGAUCCGGCCACUCAGGAUUCUCAAGAGUCAGGUGGUGGAAAGUUAUGGACAGGAGUUGGUAAUUCUAAACUGAGUGCGAAUGCUAAUGGCUGUGAAUCAUCUCCCAAACCGACCAGGAAACAACUAGGAUCUUCAAGUGAAGAAUCUCUACCAAAAGUCAAUGGAGAACCAAGUCUUGGCGAUCUAGAAUCUCUCAAACAAGAAAUUCUCAAGGAAAUGAGAAAAGAGCUCAAUCGAAUGAAGCUUGAUAUUAUUGAUGCAAUGAAAAUGGAACUCAGCAGAAGGUAAUAAGCGCGGGUUUAAAUGGAAAUCCAUUUACAGCAUACCAAAAGGCCAAACGUAAUACCUGCAUAGACUGAUUUUUCAUUAUACAACGCACGAGUACUUCAAAUCAUACCAUAGUGACUUGAUUGAAUCAUGUUGUCCUCAUUGGCAUUUCCUUCUCCUAUCAUUAAGUGGUUCUUCCUAUGUCUACCAUUAAUGUUAACCUCAUUCGGUCAACUAGUGUGCAUUUAAAUAAUGACAACUGCAUAACAUGGCUCAUUUCUUGACAAAGCAUUUCACUUAAGUUCCAAGUGAUUAUUAUAAUUUUGUGCAAAUGUUGACGACUUGACUAUCUAUUAUUCUUUACUGUUUCUUAUUUUUUGUGGAAAUCACAAUAUUUUUGUUUGUUUUAUCAUAAAGAAACUAUUUUAUUAUUUUCUUAUAUUUAUGAAGGUAGUGUACAUAUAUUCAUUAGCCCCCUGCAUUUGUGUAUAUUUUGUAUUUCUAUAAAUCUCCUAUGAUAAUGUAAGUGUUUUUACAGUAGAUAGUGGAGUGGAAGAUGAACUAUCCAUUUCUAUUAUUGGUAGAUUAUGUAGUUAUAUUUAUGAUAUAUGUAAUGAAACAAAUCUUAUGAGUAGUAAUGUAAUAAUUAUUGUAUUGAUUAUGAUCAAAUUAGUAUAAUAUGAGCUUUGAUUAUUAUUUAUCUCAUCCAUUUAGUGUAGUAUCAAUCUGUGAUUUAUAUAAAUAGAUUAACUCUUGCUAUGUUCAAUUCUGGACAUAAAUGAGAAGAACACUGGCUUUAUUACUACAAAAAACUGAUGCAUUGAUUUGCAUUAAGGCUGAGGAAGGCCGAAACUAUCUACAUUCCAUUAUAAAUCGUAUCUGUUAUCAGAUGGAUGAUUUAACAAAUACUUCAACAAAUUCACUUCAUUUCAAUGAUAAGUUUUAUUUCUACAAAUAAAGUAUAAAGAAUAAAACUGAAAACAAAACAAAAAAGAUAAAGUUUCAGUUAUAAAAUGAAGGUUUCGAAAAACGAUCGUUUCGUAAGGUAUUUAAACGAAAAACUUAUUGAUUGAUGUUACAAAAAAUCAUGUUUAUAAAUAAUUUUAAUAAGCUUGAUGAAUCUAUACUUGGGAUUAUUACUUAUCCAGAACCUACGUACCCUCUACCUAGCCAUAACUCCAUAAAUAAAUUUGAACAAAAUGAUAUUUGAUGUUUUCUGACAUUCUAAGAAACUAAGGAUUAAAUUGAUCCAGAAUAAUGUUAUUCAAAGUAACUUUUUAACAAUGUGUUGACCAUGAUUGAUCAAUAUUGAGUAACUAAUUAAAAUUAUUUCAAUCCUAUCCAAUAAAACGAAUAUACUCUUAUUCACUUUGAAUACAAGGUAUGGCCUGACUAAUACAUUCCAUUUCCGUAUUGAAUUAUUAUUAAGAGUUUAAUGCUUCAAAAGUAUACGAAAAAAGGCAAGUUCACUGAUUUAAACGCGAGUUUUUGAAAUUGUUAAUUCGGAAAUAUUAAUUUUUGAAUUUUACAUUUUAAAAAUGCCAAAUUGGACAUUGAAUAUUUUCUUUUCGUGAAAAAAUAUUGUACAAAAAAUUGAAUUGUCUUUAUUAAAAGGUUCAUUUUGUGUUCUCUUGUAUGUGUAACGUUCAGAUGUGACUGACAUAUCGGAUCAGUCCAAACUAUCAACGACUUACGGUGAACCUGCUA